UCAUCACUUCCCAGCCACCUAAUUCCUUGUUCCCAGCAGAGAAACACUAGAAGUAGACCCGGAUCAGGCUUUAUCCUGAUUUACUCUCAGAAACCGGGACAGGCUGCACGAAUCAGACCUCAACCAAAGAACCAGGAAAGAUCGUAAAAAGAGCGUCUUGAAGACUCCUUACGGGAGUAGACUAAUUGCUGUCGUGUUUUUUCCACCCAUUUUUUUGUGUCCGUGAAGGUGCACCGGUGGUCGGUUUCACCCAGCCGGAGACAGACGGAGAGAUCGAUGAUAACAACGAGCUGAUUGAUCAGAGGGGUUGAGUGACAGCCUGAAGAGUGUCAGCGAUGGGCAGGAAGUUGGAUCUGUCGGGGCUGACAGACAACGAGGCGGAGCAUGUGCUGCAGGUGGUGCAGAGGGACAUGAGGCUGCGCAAGAAGGAGGAGCAGCGUCUCAGUGAACUGAAGCAGGAGCUCGACGAGGAGGGCAGUCGCUGCCUCCUGCUGUCACGGCGGAGUUGCUUCAACCAGCGCUGUUGCAUCCGCUGCUGCUCGCCCUUUACCUUCCUGCUCAACCCCAAGCGCCAGUGCCACGACUGCCACUACAACGUCUGCAAGGCCUGCCGGGUCUACAACAAGCGGGACAAAGCCUGGCUCUGCUCUGCCUGCCAGAAGAGCAGGUUGUUGAAGACACAGUCACUGGAGUGGUUCUACACUAAUGUGAAGACGCGCUUCAAGAGGUUUGGCAGCGCCAAAGUGCUGAAGACUCUUUACAGGAAGCACUUGGCGGAGCACGGCGCGCUUUCAGAGCUUACUGAGAGCAGCGCCUAUGAGGACAGUAUCUGCAAUGAGGGCAGCUUCUGUGGGAGUGACUCAACCUUCUACAGACAAACUCAAGAGCACAGCAUAGCAGAGACGAUCACUGUGGCCUUGCGGGUGGCAGAGGAGGCCAUCGAUGAGGCCAUUUCAAAGGCUGAGUUUGACUCUGCCAGUCAGGAGAAGCAGAAUGAGGCUCACUAUCUCCGGGAGCACAGAGGAGAGCUCAUUGAGGAACUGUCAAAAACUAUUGUGCAAAAAAUUAUUAGCAGGAGGAAAACUUUGACUGAGAUGAGGGCAGAAUAUGACCAGGAUUGGCCACUUGAACACAACCCUGACCUUCAUCCUCAUCAUCAUCAGUCUGACUGUGAACAAGCAUCCAGCUCCCUUAAACACCAACCAGAUCUCUGGAGGUCUCACUCUGCCUUCUCACUGUUGGACAUUGACCCUUCAGGUCUGAUACAGGCGCUAAAGGACGGAGGUGGGUCAGCUAUGUCCACCUGGAAGAGUGUUGAACGGCUGGACAACACUGGUGUGUAUGGAGGUGUGUCCUCGGUGCUGAAGAGCCCAGACGGCAACUGGAUCGCCCUGCAGAGCGCCCAGCUGGCUCGUCCCAGUCUGCUGACCAGGAGGAAGAGCCUGGUCUUCAGUGCCUUGGAGAGAGAGUCUGAAGUGGUGUCCGCCUAUGAAGGCAUGGACUCGGAUAACGAAACCAAAUCAGAGCACAGCGCCCGUGUCAGGACACAGUCCCCGCUUACAGGCAGCAGAGACGAUCUGUUUUCAGACCCUGAGGGGAGCUGGAAGCCUAAGAAACCUCUAUUGGCUCGUUUUAAGAGGAAGGUGCCCACAGAGAUCGGUCGCUCUUCAUCCUCCUGCAGGACCAGCAUCCUCGAUGUAAACUUUAAUGUGGAAGGAGCCAAAGAGGAGAGAAAGGGGGCUGCCAAGCCAGAUAUGGGGAAAGUCCGGAGAUCCCGGAAGAAAAGGAGGAGCAAAAAAGAGUUUUCUUCUUCGGUGCUGGAUUACAGGGAGAAAGACAACCAUUCCCAACAUUCGUCUGAUGCUGCGACCCCUAGCACUUUGACCUCAGGAGCUACGACCCCUGAACGUUUACACCUUGAGAGUGACGCCACAGGGCAUGAAGCCAAUCAGGUGGAGGAGGAGCUCACGUUGAAACUACAACAGCUAGCAGGCAGAGUUACUGAGUCCUCAACCGGAGGAGAGGGAGAUGUUGAAGUGAGAGAUGUUGAUAAAGAUGGAGACAAGGAGGAUAAGAGUCUAGGAAGCAAGGACAGAGGGGAAGAUGAUGAGAGGCCAUGGAGGAUGGAGACCGACUUGGAUGAAGGAAGAACAGAGGAAGAUGAAGUAGACGAAGAGAUGAAAUACAGAUUAUACAGGCUCAUCGCACAGUCCAGACUCACUUACUUGUCGACUGAUGAUGACUUGGACAAAGAUGGCCAGAGUGAAGGAGAAUGGGAAGGAGCCAAACAGAAAGAUAUGGAGGAGGAAAAGACGGACGGACUUACUUCUAAACUCUGUCAGUUGGAAAAAGAAGUCAGGGCAAACCAGUUCUCCUCCACAGAGGAUGAGUUGGACGGAGUUGGCGUCACGGAUGAAGAGAAGAUGGGAGAGGAGGAGGAGGAGGAGGAGCUGGCGGUGAAAGUGUGCAGAUUAGCUAAUCAAGCCAACGCCACCCAAUUUUCAUCCACGGAGGAUGAGUUGGACCGAGCAGGCAGAGGUGAAGAGGGGGAGGAAGCGAUAGACGAGAAUUUGUGGAAACUGCAGGCAGAAAAAGACGUCCAGGCCAUUCCGCUGAGCGAUUUGGCCAGUCUAAUUAGUGCUUCUCAGUUUUCUUCCACUGAAGAUGAGCUGGAUAAAGUUGGAGAGAAUGAGGUGGAGGAGGAAAUAAAUGAAGAAGGAAUUGAGAGGGAGGGAGCAGUGGUAAAGAAUUGGGAUAGGAGAGAAUCAUUUGGAGACUUGGAUGUAAAUAUGUUUGAUUUAAAGGAUGAAAAUGAGGAAAUUAAGACUGAGAGCUGUGAUGAAGAAGUUGAAGAUGUCCAACAAGAUGGAACAGAGGUAGAGGAAAAGAAAGAUCGCACAAAGGAGAGAGCAAUAGACGAGGAUGAAAGGAUGGCAAAGGGGCCCACAUGUGAAGAAAAAGUAGAACUUUUGAAAGAAGAUAUGGCUAAAAAAGCAAAAGAGACGGAGAAAGGACAAGAGAUGGAGUUAGAAAUGGUGGUCCAAGCAAAGAGAACAGAGGAGUUAAUAUCCUUGGACGAGACAAAAGUCCAACAAGUAACUCAGCCCGAGACGAAGUGGCCAGACAAACAGGAAGGAGAGGGACAAGAAGAGGGAAAGAUUAGAGGAGGUGAAGAGAGUCAGGAUACAGCAACAGACAGUGAUGAGGAAGAUGCAGAAUUUGACAGAAUAAUCAGCAGCAUGUUGAUGACUUUGGAGGACAUGCAGAUGGAGGCAAUAAAGGAUGAUGCUGCAGAAAAUAGGAGCAUACGUAAAGAACCAGAUGAAGUAGAGACAGAUGAGGAUGUAAACAUCGAGGGAGAAGGUGGAUUUAAGGACAUUGUCAAACCUCAAAGCACAAAUGCAUCAGAGGAGACAGGAAGUGCAAAAGAAUUUCAAAGUCGAGGCGAUAACGUAACGCCAGAGUCGGCUGUGAGAGAAAGACCAGGAGAAAACAUAGGUAAGCAAAUUGGAGUAGAUAUUUAUAGAAGAAAGGAGAGUAGAGAUGCUACAGGCACAAAUGAAAAUGAGCGGCAGGAAAAAGAUAGAAAUGCACAAGAAAAAAUACAUUUAGAAAUCAAAGAGACUCUCGAGGCGAAACAAAGACUAGAAAUGAAUGAUGACAAACAAGAGGACAGAAAAGUCACUCAUGAGUUGAAAGUCAUGGACACGCUGGGAGAAUGUGAAAGUAAAGAAACCAAAGACGAAAAUACAGACGACAUGGAGCAGAGCACGUCUUCUCUUCAGGAGGGUUUACUGUCGCCUGAGGAGAUUCAAAAUAGGUACUCGGCGGUGUCUCUGCGCAGCAUCACCACUGAGGUCCUGAAGGUGCUGAACGCCACUGAGGAGCUGCUGCUGCAGGGGGUGGAGGGAGGAGACGGCCCCCGACUCUCCAACACUUCGCUGCCCCCCGACACGGAUCCUAAGAAACUGGAUCAACAGUUCUCGAGACUGGAGGAGAACGUGUACGUAGCAGCUGGGGAGGUGUACAGUCUGGAGGGGGAGCUGAGUGACCUGGAGGCGUGUGCUAGGGGCAUCAGCAGCGCCACGUCGGACACGGAGCUGUCCUUCCUGGAAGAGCAGGUAGCAUCAGCAGCUGCUAAGGUUCAACAGUCUGAGCUGCAGAUUUGCGACAUCUCGGCCAGAAUUGCUGCUUUGAAGAGUGCAGGCCUCAAUGUGGACACACAACAGUCACGCUUCACUAAGACCAAGACCAUUCCAAUCAUGCCUGUAACUGUGGAGUCAUCAAGGCAGCAGAGGAGGCGAUUACCUGCACCGCCAGUGAAAGAAGACAAGGAGGAAACCUAAAUCAUCGAGCCAGGACCUUCGCAGUAUCUUCAACACGGAAGUGCCUUGACCCUAAAACUGUGCAGCCUACAGGCCAGUAUUAAGUGAUCCAUUCAUUGCCUUAAUUUAACUUUAAACAUGCCUCAGAUAAUCCUGGACACUAGUACCGUUUGUCACCGAGUGCAGGAAACAGUUGAUUCUCAUGUUAUCUUGUAAAAAUGUGCAGUAGUUAAAACUACUCUUAAAGGUUAAAUCUAUAGCACUUGAGUUCUAAGACGUUUUUAAAAUAAAAGAUGAUUUCAUAUGUCCUAAACAAUUAUUAUACUUUUUAUAGACUUCAUUGUAACAUCAUUAGUUGUGCAUAUAAAUACAUGCAAUUUGCACUGUUUUUACUGAAAGAAAAUGACAGUAUCAUGUUAAAAACAAAUAGAUUUGUAUUUUUUUCCCCAUGGUUGUGAUGUGGAAGUGUACAGCAAACCAAUCAGUAAUAUAUUAUAUCUGCUUUUACUUCGUUCAGAAAAUAAAGUAAAAAUUCAAAAAGGUCCCAGACAUUCGAUUCAUUGUGCACCCUGUUUGCCCUCCGAUGAAGGUGGGUGUAAUAGUGAGGAAUUCAGUCUGUAUUCUUGAGAUGAGGAAAUGACACCUGAAUACGACAUUCCUCUUUGUGAAGGUGUGGGAACAACACAUAACUCUGGAAAAUAACAACCGUCUUUGUGAGAAAACGGUCUCAAAACAAACAUUCAGCUCUUGCACUUUGUGAAGCUGUAGUAAACAAAUGAGUGACCUGGACUAAAUACAUUUAAACUUUUUAUCUUUUUUACAUUAGGAAUGGCUCAUUAAUGUAAACAUGAAGCCAAACUGUAAAUAUAUUAUGUAGUUACUUUCCUCAUAGAGGUUUGGUGUUUUCCUCUCUGAACACUCAAAUUCUAUCCUUAAAAUGAACUUGAGCAGCAGCUGAAUGGAAAAUAAAGUCUCCGUCACAUAGAGAUCCAGCUCUGUCCCAAAACCUCCAGGGAUACGUAGUGUCAGCUCUCUGAGACCAGGAAGCGCUCCCUCUGAUCAGGAACUAUGAAUCCUUCUUUCUGUUCACUCUCUCUUCUGUCUGCCAUGACAAAAGACUGUUUGGGGUCGAUGACCACCAUGCUGUCCUGACUGGGAGCCUCCACCUCGGUGUAAGAAGGGCGACCAGAGCCUCGCCUGAACUUCAUGAUUGGCCAGCGAGUUGGCCGCCGCUGAGAGGGGGAAAGUGACAGAAAAUGAACACGAAACUGGGUAUAAUGAGAAAACAGA